UCAUUUUUGAGUGCAAAGCAACGAGCGUGUAAAUUGUUGGGGUGUUGUUUACAUAUAAAAUAUUUGGAAAUCAUAUUAUUUUCUUUAAUAAAACGUAAUGUCUGCACCCUGAAUCGUGUCCUUUAACAUAAUUUCAAAGCAAUUUUCGUUGAAAAAUCGUAAGAAGAUGAAGUACUCGACGUCUCCCACACCGUCACGCAGUAACAGCUCGCUGCUCGGAAUGGCCUCGUCAUCAUCUAGGACCACAUCACCAUUGCCACCUCCGGCAAACUUCAGGAGCAGCGAUUGCCUCAGUGCGACUAGUAAAAGCUACAAAUAUCUCCGGCGGUUCGUCAAAUUCGACCAAAUGGACUUUGAAUUUGCAAUGUGGCAGAUGCUGUACCUUUUCAUAGCGCCCAAGAAAGUGUACCGGAAUGUCAACUAUAGAAAGCAAACAAAGUCUCAGUUUGCAAGAGAUGACCCUGCUUUCCUUGUCCUAUUAGUAGCAGCACUUUGUGUGACUUCAAUCGGAUUCGCAUGGGUCCUUCGACUGGGAAUAGGCCAAAGUAUCCUGUUCCUGCUGUACGUUGUAUUCGUAGACUGUAUCUUUUGCGGUAUGAUCGUCGCCACCUUGCUAUGGUUUGUGGCCAACCGAUAUCUGCGAGAAUCUACAGCAGACAUGGACGUCGAAUGGGGCUACGCAUUCGAUGUACAUCUGAAUGCUUUCUUUCCGCCUUUAAUUUUGCUGCAUUUUAUACAGCUGUUCUUUUAUCAAGCUCUGAUCAGCCACGAAUGGUUUGUUUCAACAUUCAUCGGUAAUACCAUUUGGUUGGCCGCUCUAAGUUACUAUAUUUAUAUCACCUUUUUGGGAUACAACGUUGUACCGAAUUUAAGAAACACGAGAAUAUUUCUGGUCAUGUUACCGGUGCUGUUUCUUUUCUACGUGGUAACGCUUAUCAUCGGUUGGAAUUUGAGUGUUUCAUUGAUGUAUUUUUAUCAUUAUCGCGUUCUUUAAGCAACUUUGUGGCACGGCGUACGAAUAAAUGUAUUUAUUACAUUAA